AUGGAGAUGAGAACUACAUGGCGCUCUUCACUUAUGCUGAUAUGGCUACUUACUGCAGAAAAAGUAAAGCCGGCCCCUACAGCUGCGCAGACAGCUACUACUCCUUUCAAGACCCAGUAUCCACCGGCUGAAGCUAGAGUGAUCUCACCGGAGACACAAGGUUUUUAUCCAACCAGUCUUGAGCGUGAAGGCCACCUGCUGGAAAAACCUACUACGGGACCACUUCAGAAAGGCUUGGGGAAUCUUUUGGGCGUCUUGGAACACCCUGACUCGUUGCUUGAUUUACUUCUCCCGGGAUCAACUCCGAGCACGUCAGUGGUAUCCCCCACCGCGGCACCUACAGAUCCCGUAUCGACAACCCGUCCGAUCUCGAGGCCAGAAACAAUUUCAGAACAGGGCAUUUCAAGUCAAGAUUCCAUCCCAUAUAGUAGUCCAUCUACUGUGGAGGCCACUAUAGAGGAUCCAACCAGCACAGCUGAUGGUGUGAACGGUCCAGCUGAAACUGAAAUAAGCCAGUCUUCACUUCCUGCGAAAUCUGAUUCGGCUGCACACGCGACAGUCCCUUUCAUCAUGGCUGACAACCAGGAUGUAUUCAUACCAGUAGCUACUGGCCCUAUUCACCCGUCAAUUCCGUCUAGAAAUGACCAUCCGGUUCCCAAAAAGGGAAUUGUCGACACGACAGGUCCCAUCGAGACAAAUAAGUUCUACUGCGGACUGUUUUUGGGAAGCCAGUCCAACUACACGUUCACCCAUCCAUAUGCUCUGGCUUGGUCGAAAGGAGGGGCGAGCUUAAAAAGCUAUGGCAUGGCCAUCUCACAUGUCGAGAGCAAUGUACUUGCUUGGGGGCCAACCAAUGCCAAAAUUCCAGGCAAUCCAGUUUCGUACUAUGUAAACCCCAUUGAUAUCCAGCCAAUGAUUCUAUCAGCAACUGAGUUCACAGACUCGACGUCACUUACAACGGAGAAACUGUUGCCAUUCUCAGCCAAUGCGGUCCUGCGUCCUCAAGAUGGGUCCAAACAACGCCUUACCAUUCCCAUAGUGCAGGGAAUGGGAUUCGUUACCGGUAUCUAUUCGGGCCUUCAGCCCACAAUCCAAAGUGGCGUUCAUUUUGACAAAGUUGUGUCCGCUGGAUCACCGAGGUCCGGCAUUUACAAAUAUACUGCAACACUGGCAGAUGGUACAACAUGGCUUAUAUACGUUACCCCGGACGAUGGGAAGGACCCAGACCUACGCCUGGAAUCUAGCACUAACCUACGCGGGCCGCAAGGAUGGUCAGGUACAAUCCAAGUGGCUAAGAACCCAGCCGGUACGUCGGGGGAGAAGUUGUAUGACAAUUCUUCCGGUGUUUAUGCGAUGGAAGGUGCUAUCGCAGGCGAAGUGUCUCGGACCACUGGUACAUAUACUCUCGCAUGGGCUAAAGCCGGAAAGGAUGCACAGAGCACCCCCCUAUUGAUGUUUGCUUUGCCGCACCACAUUGAGUCCUUCGACAGUAAUACCAAGGGCCGAGUAACGGGUAUUAGCCUUCGGACGACCACCAAGGGCCAAGCAACGGCAGUGAUCGGGGAGACGUGGGUCAUGACCGAACCGGAUCUUCCCAUUGAUAUGGGGUUUGCUCCGUGGUCUGUCUCCAAAGGCAGUGUUGACAACCUUUCUGCCGGUGCCAAGAAAGUCAUUUUGGACGUUGCACCAACCGAGCUUCAGCAAGAUAUCGAUAAACAAUGCGAUCUGAACAGUAUGUACUACAGUGGCAAAGCGUUGAGCAAGUUUGCUACUCUUGUGUAUACCGUGGAUAAAUUGGGCGGUAACCCCCAGCUUUGCGAUUCGGCACUGAAGGCGCUGAAGAAUGCCUUUUCUCGGUUUAUUAACAACAAACAGCAGUUCCCCCUAGUUUAUGACGAUGUCUGGAAAGGGGUGGUGUCCUCUGCUAGCUACAAUGGGGGCGACACAGGCGCCGACUUCGGAAAUACGUUGUACAACGAUCACCACUUUCAUUACGGCUAUUUUAUCCACGCCGCUGCUAUUAUCGGCACGCUGGACCCAGAUUGGCUCGCCGAUAGCAAAGACUGGGUGAACAUGCUGGUCCGUGACGCAGGAAACCCCGCUGGAAAUGACCCUCUCUUUCCAUUCUCCCGUGGGUUUGACUGGUAUAAUGGCCAUUCAUGGGCAAAAGGUCUGUUCGAGUCCUUUGACGGGAAGGAUGAGGAAUCGACGUCGGAAGAUGCAAUGUUUGCCUAUGCCAUCAAGAUGUGGGGCAAGACCAUCGGUGAUGCCAGUAUGGAGGCAAGGGGAAACCUGAUGCUCGGAAUCCUACGACGAUCUCUUCACAGCUAUUUUCUUAUGGAGAGCGACAAUAAAAACCAGCCAGAGCAAUUCAUCGCAAACAAAGUCACCGGCAUACUGUUCGAGAACAAGGUGGACCACACCACCUAUUUUGGUGCUAACUUGGAAUAUGUUCAAGGGAUUCACAUGCUGCCUCUUUUGCCAUCCUCUCCAUUUGUACGGCGCCAGAAGUUUGUGCAAGAGGAGUGGAAUGCGAUGUUCACGAGCAGUGCUAGCACUCCGGCAGAGAAAGUACAAGGGGGAUGGAAAGGCAUUCUUUAUGCCAACCUGGCCCUAGUCGAUCCCGCAGCUUCAUGGGAAUAUUUUGCUGGACCUAACUUCGACUAUGGUAGCCUCGACGGGGGGGCGACGCGCACAUGGUAUCUUGCUUUCGCUGCAGGGCUUGGUGGUGGACCGGCCUGA